GUUUGAAGUAGAUGUCAGUGUCAAUUUGUGUUUUUGUUGGAUUUUGAACAAAAAACUUGUUUUGUGGUUUUUACUUAAGUUUUUCAAAGUUUUUAUUUAUUUUAACCGGCUUUAAAAUAAUCUAUACAAAUAUAAAAAUAAUAUUACGAGUGAAUGAUUUGUGAUAGUAGAACCUUCUGGCAUUUGGUAAUUUUCAAAUAAUCGGAUAAAAAUGGAUGGAGAUCCAAAUAGGAUAUGGCACAGACCUUGGACCACCCAAGAAAUAAUAGCUAAUUCAGAAAAUUGGUCUCUAGCCGGAGAUGUAGCUCUACUAAAUACUAUUAAAGCCUUUGCAGAUAAUCUGCUUACUAAAACUGAUGCUUUAAAUGAUAAUAUAAUCGACUUACUACAUAAUUUAGAUGAAGUAGGCCUUAAACUGGAUAUUUCACAAAAUGAAUUUCAAAAUUUAAAAAAUACCCAAUUCAUAGAAAGUAGGGUCUAUGAUGAUGAUGAGGCACUGGAUAGCAAAGAAAAUGAGAAAGUACCAGAUGAUCAAACAGCAGAAAAAUCUGAGGAAAUUAAUUUUGAUGCUAGCUUAAAUUCUGAAAUGAAAUUGUUGGAUAAAUAUUAUGAAAUGGUUGAAAUUUCAAUAAGCGAUAGUGAAGAUGAAUCAGAAAGAAGUUUUGUUUUUAAACCGAAAGAUGUAUAUGAAAAUAGACAGCUACCACCUUUAAUAGGAUCAGACGACUGGUAUAAAAAUUGGUACAUUGAAGAUCAAACUAGUGAUGUUGAUUCUGAAAAAUCUUCAGAAGUUUACAGUGAAUCCGAUUCUGAUGAUAACUUGCCCAAGGAUUUAUUUAAUGGUUCAGAAACUAGUUCAGAACUCGACUUUUCAAAUCAUGCCAACGAAAGUAGACCUGUAGCAAAUUCAACAUUCAAAGACAUUGUUAGAAAACCAGAAUCGGCGAUGUCUAGUGAAGAAAGUGAGGAUUUCAAUUCUCUACCAGCAAAAGCUCCCAUCUCUAAUAAAACUUUUGCUGAACAACUUGCAGCUAAAUUAGAUAGUGUAAUAAGUAGAGAAGAAAUUGUAAGUUCAAACGUAAAUACAAAACCUAUACAACCUCCAAAAUCGGACCCAUUUUCAGCUGGUUUAUUUGCUAACGAACCUCCUCCCCUCAGUGAUUCAGAAGAUAAAACUACGAAAGGUCUUUUUUCGCCAGGAAAAAAUUUGUUUGAUGAUUAUGAGGAAAACGAAGAUGAUUCAGUGUUUUGGGAUAACCAGAAAAAAAAUCCAUCUGCAUCUUUACUUAAAAAAGAAGACAUUAACAAGGAAGAGGCUAAUUUACAGAAAAGUUACAUAGACAAAAAUGAUGUGUUGCCUAAAUCAUCCCAGGUGUCAAAAGGUCUUUUUGAUAGUGAUAACAGUGAUGAUGAUGAUGAUUUAUUUGCACCUAAGACCCAAAACGCAAGUAAAUCUUUGUUUUUGCAGCCAAAUAAGCCAAUUGUUCCAUUAUUUGAUGAUGAACCACCCAGUAUAGACAAUGAAAAGAAAACAGACGAACCUGUCAAAAAGAAACCUACUGGAGGUGUAUCAAUAUUCGGAAACAAGGAUAUUGGUGAUAUUUUGAAAAUCAGACAACAAGCUGUUAUAGAAAAUGUAGAAAAAAAUCGAAGUAAAGAACUGUCCAAACCUGCAGAAGAUAUGCCAAACAAGAAAAUCAACUUAUUCGAUGAUGAGGAUGAUGAUAUUUUCUUUAAAAAAUUAGACAACCAACCAAACAACAAAAAAAUAAACCUUUUCGAUGAUGAUUUAGAUAAUAAUAACAAAGCGGAAAAUAAAAAUUACAAAACUGUGACAGAUAAAAAUGAUAAUUUGAGCAUAGAAAGAACUUCUAAGAUACAAAUCACGGCUAAGAAAUCUAAAGUUAUAAGUUUAUUUGAUGAUGAUGAAGAUUUAAGCAAUGAUGAUGAUAUUUUUGCUAGUUUUAAAAAUUCAAAACAAUCGAAAAGUAAUACCAAUAGGAAUUUAAACCUUUUUGGUGAUGAAGAUGACAUUAACCAAAAUAGAUCUUUAAAAAUUGAUAAAAACAAAAGUGCCACUUUGUUUGGCGAUGAACAUGAUGAUACAGUAAAUCAAGAUUAUAACACUGAUAAUUUGGGACAUAAAUCAGAAAUAGACAACUCUGUAAAAAGUAUUGAUGAAAAAACUAAUAAAAUAAAAGUUGUACAAGAAAGCUCAGUUAUUAAUAAGGAUAAUUUAAGUGAAAAGAAACUAACAAGUAGAAAGAACGUCGAUUUAAUUGAAAAUGAAUCUGCUCAAAAUAAGUUUGCUGAAAUUGGAAAAGAAAAUCAAGUUGCCAAAGAUACCUCAGAAAUAUUUAAGGAUAAUACAUUUGAAAAUGAUAUUAAAAAACCUGUUUCUUCCGACAUACCAAAAAAAAUCAGUCUCUUUGAUGAUGACGAAGACGAGGAUGAUAUUUUUUCGAAUGUUACAAAGAAGCUCGAUUUUAAAUUAUUUGAAGAUCCUGAAAGUCGUGAAGAUCUGUUUAACAUAAACAUUAAUGAAACUGAGAAAAGUGCUGAUAUAAAAAAUGCUGAUAUAAAAAAAACUAGUGAAAUUAUUAGAAAUGACAAUUUAAAAGCUGAUUCAAAAUCUGAGAUCAUUGAAUCUGUGCCGAAUGAAAACAGUAUUAAAGAUGAAACUAUAAAUACAACCAAAGACAAAUAUAAAUCGCAAAAUAAAUUGUUACUUGAAGAUGAAUUGUUUAAUAAAAAUGAUAAACUAAUAGAUACUGAUGGUAAAAUUAAUAUUUUUGAAGAAACAAUGGACAAAAAACCGCGAAAACCCGUAGUAGCAGCUAAACCCCAAUUACAUCCUACCACUAUUCAAACUCGUACAGAUGAAUCUGUAUCUACUGAAGUGCCAAUUAUCAAAUUUGCAACGUCUUCGACUUCAGAUCAACCUCCACCAGUCGUUAAUUUAUUCGGUUCGACUCCACCUCCUGUUGAUGAUGAUGAUUGGGACACGAAAUCUGAUAAUUUCUCCGAUACGGAGGAUUUUGUUUCAUAUCGAGGACAGGAAAAUAGUCAACGGUCGAAUUUGUUUGAUAAUGAACCACCUUCUUUGAAUGGAUAUGAGUCUAGCGGUAUCGAGAGAGAUCAUAGAAAUACAAGAAUAGACACCCUUGAAUCAUCUUUUACUCCGUACGCAAGUUCGAGUCGUAGAUUAUCAUCGGAUAUAUUUAGCGAUCAACAAUCGCAAGACAGUUUUUUCCUCACCAAAAAUAAGGCGGAAUCUACCGCGAAUAGAUCGCAUCUCGAAAUUAUAACAGAAGAUUCAAAAAUGUCAACAAUUGAUGUGACACCUAGCGGAGAAUUAGAAGAAUCUACCACGUCAGAAGUAACUCCAAGUAAAAACGAUUCUGCAUUAUCCAACAACGUAUUUUUGAAUGAUUCGGUCCUCGAGAAAGGCGAUAAAGAAAAGUCGUUUCCGGAGGAUGUUAAAGAUAAAAAAAAAGAAAAUAAAAAUAAAAGCGUCGUCGAUGAAAGGAGAGCGAAUGUCGAGAAAAGCCUGAAUAAGAUUGCCAGUAUAACUGAAAGGCUUAAAAAUCAGAGUCCAGUUAUCAAAUCCCCAGAAAAGAAAGGUUCUCCUGGAAAAUUGAAACCAACGUUGAAUAUAAACGUAAACGCUCUACUGCCUGGUUUAUCUCAACCGAAAAUAAAAUCUUUAACCAAAGCUCAAAAUAAAAUUGAAGAUGCCGAUACAAAUGAUAAUUCAUCAAGUAAUAUUAAUACUCCAUCAAUUAAAACGGACAACGCAAAGGAAAUGUCACAAUCACCGAUAGAUUUGGAUAGCCCUAUAGGAUUUGAUGUGACUGAUAAUGUUAAUAUCCUAACCAGCAUAACUAAAGAAAGAGUUAGAAACCCUGCCAGAAGAAAGCCAUCAACGAGAAGAGCACGACAGGAAGCUUUACGUGCGUCGAUUAUAGAAAGUGAUGCUGUCGACGCGUCCUUACCACCGAAAGAAAAAAGCUCAGAUCACAGUUUCGAAAUACCACAAACAGAAGAGAAACCUCUUUCUACCAACAACAAUCACCAAAAAGAUUUGUCUCCAGAAAAAGAAAAACCGAAUACCGUAUUAGAAAAAAACUCAGAAAUACCUCGGUUUCCUCUAGUAACAAAGACUGAACUCGAGAAAAAACUCUUAAGUAAACCAGCUGCCAAAAUAAAUUUAUUCGAUUCGGAAAGCGAGUCUGAGCAAGCGGACGACAUGUUUGUGGGAUCCACUCAAAACAAAACAAAUGUUGAAAGUAAAACGGAUAACUUUGAGAGCACAGAUAACACUUCUAAAGUCAAAGAUGUUUUAUUCGAUGACAAAUCAACAAAAGAGGAUGAUGACCUAUUUGGUACAGCAGAAUCAAAGAAGAGCGUUGUCGAAAGCAAAUCAAAAGACGAUAUUUUCAAGUCUACGAGUCUGAAAGAUGUGAAGCUUGAAGAUAAUCUUAAAAUGGAUAAAGAUAAAUCGAAAAAAUCUUUAUUUGAUGAUAGUUCCAGUGAUGAUGAUCUGUUCGUGGGAAGUAAUAAAAGCAAAAAAACAGAAAUCAUGACAAAGCCUGUCGAAAAGAAAAUAAAAGCGAAAGUAAAGAAACUCGAAAAUGUCGAAACUACCGAUGAUCCGCUGUCAAAUUUGUUAAAUUAAUCUUAGCCUAAUUUGUUACACGUUAAAAUGUGAUAUAUAAAAAAGUUAUUCCGAAUAUUGUUUUUUUUAUAUAUAUAAAUUAUGCUUGAUAUUAAAAUAUGUAUAAAGUUUUAGUCAAAAAAUAUAUUGUUAAAUAUU